AUGGGGGCUUCUUCCUACUCCCCUGUUGAAGGCCACCGGUCGGGACCCACUCGGGGAGCUUUGGAAUCACCUGGGCUGCAGGGGGUACGGAUGGGAGGAGGAGGAGGAGGAGGAGGAGGAAUUGGGGAGGGCAGCGGCGGCGGAAGUUGGAACCAUGCAAGCCACCAUCCUGCUGCUGCUCUGUCCUUGUCUCUGCCCGUGACUCAACAUGACUCGUCUACUGCUGCUGCUGCUGCUGGUACGACUGCUAUCCGUUGUGCUGGACAGGAGGCGAUUCACCAGGGCCGUGCGCGGAUCCGCGGAUGGAUUACGCCCAUGAUCCCUGCCGCUGCUGUUCCUCCUCCUCCUCCCCCUCCCCCUCGUCACCCUGCUGCCGCUGCCGCUGCUGCUGCUGCUGCCGGUGCUGCCUUCUGUAGUAACGGGUCGGGCAGUGAAAGCGGCAGAAGUGGGGAUUGGAGGAGUGGGGUGUGUGCAGCGCGUGGGGGGGCAGAGGCGGCGGGUGCGGCGGCGGGGGCGGGGUGUUUUCCAGGCGGUGGGGAUGAGGAGGGGCAUGGGGGGGGCUUUGGUGGAGGGGGCGCAGGCGCGGGGGCGGGUGCAUGUGGAGGGCGGAGAAGCGGAGGGGGAGGAAGAGGAGGACGGGGUGGGGGUGGAGGGAGAGGGAGAGGGUUUAAACGGGGGCUGGGGUGCGACUGGACUACUAUGGAUGAGAGGGAGGAGACUGCUCCUGCUGGUACUGCUGCGUAUGCUGCUGUUGCUACUGAUGCGGUGAGAGGGAACGGGGUACCAGCACGGGCGAAUGUAUCAACUAUGAACCAGGUUCAGGCGCCAGGGGGGGCAACAUUUCCUGCUGCGUCGGCGAUGGAGACAGGGCAGGAGAAAAAAGCCGGGGUGGAAAAUCAAGAGGAGCUGGAUGUUCAAAUCUCCCUGGGAUCUCCACCGACCAUGUCAAGAGCCCCUCAUGCGAAGCAGUCUGGAGUGAAUUCUUUCAUCGGUCUGAGAUUGGUGUCUGCUGCUCCGGUUGCUGUUAUGCCUGUGGUGCAGGCAGCAGCAGGGGGAGGCGGAGCAGCAGAGGGCAGUCAAGGCACGUCUAGCAGCAGCCCAGGCACGUCACGGUCACUGCAGUCCACUCGACCUCGGAGCGUGGCGGAGAGGAAGCGACGCAGCAAGAUCAGCGAGCGACUGGACAACCUGAAGGAGACCCUGCCCAUCUGGAACCCGCGCAUGGACACGGCGACGAUGCUGGACGAGGCGGUGAACUACAUCGGGCUGCUCAAGCGCGAGGUGCGGCGCCUGCAGGUGGAGUGCGAGGAGCUGGGCAAGGGGCUGCCCCCGGGGGCCAAACGACCGCGCGUGACGAUUGAUGACGACAUGGAGACCCAGAGCACUGCUGCUGCUGCUGCUGCUGCUACUGCUGCUGCUGCUGCUGCUGCUGCUGCUGCUGCUGCUGCUGCUGCUGCUGCUGCUGCUGCUGCUGCUGCUGCUGCUGCUGCUGCUGCUGCUGCUGCUGCUGCUGCUGCUGCUGCUGCUGCUGCUGCUGCUGCUGCUGCUGCUGCUGCUGCUGCUGCCGCUGCUGCUGCUGCUGCUGCUGCCGCUGCUGCUGCGGCGGCGGCGGCGGCCGCCGCAGCUGUUGCUGAAGCAGGAAUGGGCUGCCCCCGGUGGUGA